GGCACGUCAGGACCAGCCGCAGGAAGCCUCAGCCAGAGAAGCAGCAAGCGGAGGACGGGGCUCGAGUUUGAGGAAGAUGGCGAAGGGAACAGCAAAUUUCUCAGAUGUGAGGAUGACCAGCUCUCCACGGACAAAGAGCGGUUCGCUAGGUAAGAAUUUUUGCACAGCGAGGAGAAGAGCCUCGGGGGAUCCCUUGAGCCUCUUCUGCCAAGAAGCAAGAUGGCCUUUUCCGUGUUCGAAUGUAAGCAGGACUCCUUCCCCAAUUCUUUGCAACAUAUCGGCUUGUUGGAGUCCAGUCUGGCCUUGAAAUUAAGCCGAAUUAAUUGAAACAGUGCAGGAGCCUUUGAUAUUUCGGUACCAUUUAAUAUUAUGCAUCGAAGUUCCUGGCUUUUCCUGUCGCGAAACGGUGGACUGCAGAAAGAGAGCAACCGCUGGUAUCCAGGUCUGAUGACGAGCAGAGCUCAGCGGAUAAGGAAAGAUUGGCCAGGGAGAACCAUAGCGAGAUCGAGCGCCGGCGCCGAAACAAGAUGACCGCUUACAUCACUGAGCUCUCCGACAUGGUGCCCACCUGCAGCGCCCUGGCCCGCAAGCCAGACAAGCUGACCAUCCUGCGCAUGGCCGUCUCCCACAUGAAGUCACUGCGGGGCACCGGGAACACCUCCACGGAUGGCAGCUACAAGCCCUCUUUCCUCACCGACCAGGAGCUGAAGCACCUCAUCCUGGAGGCAGCCGAUGGCUUCCUCUUCAUCGUCUCCUGCGAGACGGGCCGAGUGGUUUACGUCUCCGACUCGGUGACGCCCGUCCUGAACCAGCCCCAGUCGGAGUGGUUUGGCAGCACCCUCUACGACCAGGUGCACCCCGACGACGUGGAGAAGCUGCGGGAACAGCUCUCCACCUCAGAGAACGCGCUGAGCGGCCGCAUCCUGGAUCUGAAGACGGGGACAGUCAAGAAGGAGGGUCAGCAAUCCAUGAGGAUGUGCAUGGGAUCCCGCAGGUCCUUCAUCUGUCGGAUGAGAUGUGGGAAUGCAACCGUUGAUCCCGUCUCCAUGAACCGGCUCAGCUACAUGAGGAAUCGGUGCAGGAACGGGCUGGGUGCCAUCAAAGAGGGGGAACCCCAUUUUGUGGUCGUCCACUGCACGGGCUACAUCAAAGCUUGGCCACCGGCAGGAGUUUCCCUGCCUGAUGAUGAUCCGGAUUCUGGACAGGGCAGCAAAUUCUGCCUGGUGGCCAUUGGCAGGUUGCAGGUCACCAGCUCCCCCAGCUGCGCAGACAUGAACACCGUAUGUCAGCCCACCGAGUUCAUCUCCCGCCACAACACAACUGGGCUGUUCACCUUCGUGGACCACCGCUGCAUGGCCACGGUGGGAUACAAGCCCCAGGAACUCCUGGGGAAGGACAUUGUCGAGUUCUGCCAUCCCGAAGACCAGCAGCUGUUAAGGGACAGCUUCCAGCAGGUGGUGAAAUUAAAGGGCCAAGUGCUGUCCGUCAUGUUCCGUUUCCGAUCCAAGAACCGCGAAUGGCUCUGGAUGCGGACUAGCUCCUUCACUUUCCAGAACCCCUACUCGGACGAGAUCGAGUAUAUCAUCUGCACCAACACCAACGUGAAGAAUGCCGGCCAGGAAAACCGCCCUGCCAGCUCGAACCCAAUGCAGAGACCCCAGCUAGGCCCCAAUGUCAGCCUACCUUUGGAGAUGGGCUCGGGGCACCUGGCCGCCAGGACGCAGCCAGCCCAGCCGGCGGAGCUGGACGUGGUUCCCGGGAGAGAAAGCUUAGCCAGCUACGAGCACCCGCAGGCUGCCCUUCAGGCCGUGAGCGCCUCUGGGCCUGAGCACAGCAAGCCUCUGGAGAAGGCCGAGGUCCUCUUUGGCCAGGAGCGAGACCCUCGCUUUGGCGAGAUCUACAGCGGCAUCAGCCCAGACCAGACGAAGCCCAUUUCAGCCAACUCGGUGCCCACCAGCCAGCCCCUCUUUGCCCCAGGAAACACCUUUGGGGCUUCCCGCCCGGCUGAGAGCUUCCGCAGCAGCAGCCUGGCGCCCCCCAUGAACGUCCUGCAGCCUGGCCGGGCGCACACAACCUCAGCCGGACCCAUCCUGGCCCAUCUCUCUCGCCACGCCAGCCCCAGUCAGGUCUCCGGAAGCGCCUGGCCUUCAGGAUCGCGCCCGCCUUUCACGGCCCAACCAGCAGCUUCCCAGCCAGUGAAGACUCGUCCCCCCUCUUUUGCCAUGGGCAGCUUCCAGGCCACGCCGUCCUCCUUCGGCCCCAUGCCGAAUCCCGGUUCUGCGGCCUCGCCAGCCGGAGCUCCCUACCCAAACCUUACCGGCCGGAACGCCCCUUUCGCUGCUGGAGAGAGUGGGCAGAAUCCCGCCCCGUUCCAGGCACGGACGGCAGAAGGAGUCGGUGUUUGGCCACAAUGGCAGAGCUCAGGCGAGUCCCACAUCCAGCAGCAGCAAUCGGCCCAGCCGGAGGUCUUCCCGGAUAUGCUGUCUAUGUUGGGGGAACAAGGAACCAACUACAGCAGUGAAGAAUUUCCCGAACUGAACAUGUUUCCGCCCUUUUCGGAGUAAGAGAGGGAGACGACCUGCCCCUGAUGGACGUUAUCCUGUGUAGCAGCAUGGAGAGGGGUCUCUUCUUCACUCCCCCUGACCCUUUGCAAAGAGCCCCCAAGUCUUCCUGUGGGGGGGAAGAGAAGCCUCGGGGGAGAGUCACAAACACAGGAAGGCUGAGGCUGUUAUCUGCCCAGGAAGAUCCUCCCUCUCUGCCAGCCCGCAACGGACGUGACUUGGGUUUUGGAGACCCUCCGAGACGUAUUCGGGUAACCUUGGAAGGAACCUAUGGGAUGUAUUUUUUGACAUCCAACACGGGAAAAGAUGCUGGGGAAGGCAAAUGGUCAGCAAGGGUUGUUUUUUUUCCCCGGUCUUGUUUUUGUUUUUAAUUCUACGACGUAAUCUUUUAUACUUACCUUGUAUUCUUGUUUAUACACGUUGUGAGAGCCGAAUUUUGUCGAGAGGCUCCUGCUUCGUAGGCGGUUUUGUGACUUGUGAACCGGGGAGAACUCCCCGCCCCGUGUUUCUUCCCUGGCACGCUCGCACACGCGUGUCUCUCUUAUCUCUCUCACAAGCAGUAUUAAUGAAAUGCGGGUGGGGGUGGGGGUGGCUGAUAUGCCCCCACCCCCCUCAUCUGGUCCCUUUGUUGGUUAGCUUGUCUUUCCACACCUCUUUCAGGCCACAUUGCGCUCUGCGCUUGGAGAUUGUGCUGGCACAAUCUUCUUCGUGAAAAUCCCCUUUUUGGGGAGCGAUUGACAAUCAUGGUGGACUGUCAGGAGAAAAACGGUCCCUGUUUUAAAAUAAUGUUUAGAGCCCUGAUUCAGGGAGGGGCUGACCCAUUCUCGAAAAGUAGGGAAAGGAUGCUGGUAUAUAAUCCUGGAGAUGAUCAAGGAAGCUGGUUGGCACCUUUUCAGCGCUGGUACCAUUGGGACUUGGUUGGUUGUUCUCUGACCUGGGCGAUUAGCGUGGGUCGGGGUGCUUUCUGGCGCCCCCUCCCUUCCCUUCCCAAUCUGUGUGAAGCCCUUUUCCUCUUUUCUUGUAUGCGCUUUCCCACGGGGACACCUAAAAGCCAUAAAAAUUGCACAAAGAG